CGGGAACGCCGUCCGCGCGGGGCGGAAGCGCGGCUCCGGGCCAGGCUCGGUGAGCCGGAGCUGGAGAGAUUUCCGAGAAUGAAGACCCAUCUUGAUUGUUGAAUUAUAUGCAAUAAUUCCUAUAUCAACUGUCAGCAACUUGAUUAGAAAAAGGUUAGCUCCAAGGGACUUGCUCACUCAGUGGCUGCUAAGGAGGCCUGACUGAGGGCCUGCUGGGAGGAGCUGUGUUCUGGGAUUGGUGUGAAGGUGAAUCAUGUGAUCCUCUCAGCCAAGGUGCCUCAGUAGAAGCAUUCUAGAAUGGAUCCUGUCUGAAGCUGGCCAAGGAGGGAAUGUAGUAGAUUCACUACAUAUCUAUUUCCACUCUUGGAAAAUCGCAGACCUACAACUUCAAGCAUGUGCACCACACCCAGCACUUUUACCUGGUUUCUAAGUGUUGACCCUGGAUCCGCUGGCCAAGACAUUGAAGCAUGGCUGUGAACAAGGAGAAUGAUUUUGUGAUUCUUAGCAAUGGCAGCAUUACAACCAGUGCCACCAGCCCAAGUCCCCUCACCCCGAGUGAUGGUGACCUUGCAGCCCAGCAGCUCACAUCCAAAGAAACACCAAAAACAAAAGUGAGUCCAAAUGGAUGCCUGCAACUUAAUGGCACAGUUAAGUCAUCCUUUCUGCCUUUAGACAACCAAAGAACACCACAGAUGUUACCCCAGUGCUGCCAUCCUUGUCCAUACCAUCACCCUUUGACCAGCCAUAACAGUCACCAAGAGUGCCAUGCUGAGGUUGGCCCUGCAGCACCCUCUGCUUUGGCCUCAUGUUGCAUGCAGCCACACUCUGAAUACUCUGCAUCUCUGUGUCCAAACCAUUCACCUAUGUAUCAGACUGCGUGCUGUCUGCAGCCCUCACCAUCCUUCUGCCUGCAUCAUCCGUGGCCUGAUCAUUUUCAACAUCAACCUGUGCAGCAGCACCUUGCCAACAUCAGACCAUCCAGACCUUUCAAGUUACCAAAAAGUUAUGCAGCCCUGCUAGCAGACUGGCCGGUGGUGGUGCUGGGCAUGUGCACUCUGCUCAUCGUGGUCUGUGCCCUGGUGGGCGUGUUAGUGCCAGAGCUUCCUGACUUCUCGGAUCCACUUCUGGGUUUUGAACCAAGAGGGACUGUAAUAGGCCAGAGACUGGUCACAUGGAACAACAUGGUGAAAAAUACAGGAUACAAGGCAACACUGGCAAAUUACCCUUUUAAAUAUGCAGAUGAACAAGCCAAAAGCCAUCGGGAGGAUAGGUGGUCAGAUGAUCAUUAUGAGAGAGAGAAAAGAGAAGUGGACUGGAACUUCCACAAAGACAGCUUCUUCUGCGAUGUUCCAAGUGACCGAUACUCCAGAGUAGUGUUUGCAUCCGCGGGAGGGGAGACACUGUGGAAUUUACCUGCAAUUAAGUCAAUGUGUGAUGUGGAUAAUUCCAGGAUCAGAUCUCACCCCCAGUUCGCUGACCUCUGCCAGAGGACCACUGCUGCUUCCUGCUGCCCCAGCUGGACUCUGGGGAACUACAUCGCCAUUCUGAACAACAGAUCAUCCUGUCAGAAGAUCGUUGAGCGAGAUGUCUCUCACACACUGAAGCUGCUUCGGACCUGUGCCAAACACUACCAAAACGGCACCCUAGGGCCAGACUGCUGGGACAUGGCAGCCAGAAGAAAGGAUCAGCUCAAGUGCACCAAUGUGCCACGCAAAUGUACCAAGUACAAUGCUGUGUACCAGAUUCUCCACUACUUGGUGGACAAGGACUUCAUGACCCCAAAGAUGACUGACUACGCUGUGCCAGCUUUAAAAUACAGCAUGCUUUUCUCCCCCACAGAGAAGGGGGAGAGCAUGAUGAACAUUUACCUGGACAACUUCGAAAACUGGAACUCUUCGGAUGGCAUCACCACCAUCACCGGGAUCGAGUUUGGCAUCAAACACAGUCUGUUUCAAGAUUAUCUUCUCAUGGAUACUGUGUAUCCUGCCAUCGCCAUUGUGAUUGUCCUCCUAGUCAUGUGUGUCUACACCAAGUCCAUGUUCAUCACACUGAUGACCAUGUUUGCCAUCAUAAGUUCCCUGAUCGUCUCCUAUUUCCUCUACCGCGUAGUGUUUAACUUUGAAUUCUUUCCUUUUAUGAACCUCACCGCUCUCAUCAUCUUGGUCGGAAUUGGAGCAGAUGAUGCCUUUGUCCUGUGCGACGUCUGGAACUACACCAAAUUUGACAAGCCUCACGCGGAGACUUCAGAGACGGUGAGCAUCACCUUGCAGCACGCCGCCCUCUCCAUGUUUGUCACCAGUUUUACCACCGCUGCUGCCUUUUAUGCCAACUACGUUAGCAACAUUACAGCAAUUCGAUGCUUUGGGGUGUACGCGGGGACGGCGAUACUGGUAAACUAUGUCUUGAUGGUCACCUGGCUUCCAGCUGUUGUUGUUCUGCACGAGCGGUACCUCCUCAAUAUCUUUGCUUGCUUCAGAAAGCCCCAGGUGCAAGGGUAUGACACCAAGAGCUGCUGGACGGUGGUCUGCCAGAAGUGCCACAAGGCACUUUUUGCCAUUUCAGAGGCAUCUCGAAUCUUUUUUGAGAAGGUGUUGCCAUGCAUCGUCAUUAAGUUUCGCUACCUUUGGCUCGUCUGGUUCCUUGCCCUAACAGUAGGUGGGGCCUACAUUGUUUGUAUAAACCCAAAGAUGAAACUGCCUUCCUUGGAAUUAUCUGAGUUCCAGGUGUUCAGAUCGUCUCAUCCUUUCGAGCGCUAUGAUGCUGAGUUCAAGAAGCUGUUCAUGUUUGAGCGGGUUCACCAUGGAGAGGAGCUCCACAUGCCCAUCACGGUGAUCUGGGGUGUGUCCCCAGAAGACAGCGGCAACCCACUAAACCCCAAGAGUAAAGGGAAGCUGACACUAGACAGCAGCUUUAACAUUGCGAGUCCAGCUUCCCAGGCCUGGAUUUUGCACUUCUGUCAAAAACUGAGGAACCAGACAUUCUUCUACCAGACCGAUGAGCAGGACUUCACCAGCUGCUUCAUUGAGACCUUCAAACAGUGGAUGGAAAACCAGGACUGUGAUGAGCCUGCCCUGUACCCAUGCUGCAGUCACUGCAGCUUCCCCUACAAGCAGGAGGUUUUCGAGCUAUGUAUCAAGAGAGCCAUCAUGGAGCUGGAAAGGAGUACAGGGUACCAUCUGGACAGCAAAACCCCAGGGCCGAGAUUUGAUAUCAAUGAUACCAUCAGGGCAGUCGUGCUAGAGUUCCAAAGCACCUACCUCUUCACACUGGCCUAUGAGAAGAUGCAUCAAUUUUAUAAGGAGGUGGACACAUGGAUUUCCAAUGAGCUGAGUUCUGCACCUGAGGGCCUCAGCCAUGGCUGGUUUGUCAGCAACCUGGAGUUCUACGACCUCCAGGACAGCCUGUCCGAUGGCACCCUCACUGCCAUGGGACUCUCUGUGGCUGUUGCAUUUAGCGUGAUGCUGCUGACCACAUGGAACAUCAUCAUAAGCCUUUAUGCCAUCAUUUCAAUUGCUGGAACCAUAUUUGUCACUGUCGGGUCCCUUGUCCUGCUGGGCUGGGAGCUGAAUGUGUUGGAGUCUGUCACCAUCUCAGUUGCAGUCGGCCUGUCUGUAGACUUUGCUGUCCAUUACGGGGUUGCAUACCGCUUGGCUCCAGAUCCCGACCGCGAAGGCAAGGUCAUUUUCUCUCUGAGUCGCAUGGGCUCUGCAAUUGCCAUGGCCGCACUGACCACCUUCGUGGCUGGGGCCAUGAUGAUGCCCUCCACAGUCCUGGCUUAUACCCAGCUGGGGACCUUCAUGAUGCUCAUCAUGUGUAUUAGCUGGGCUUUCGCCACCUUCUUUUUCCAGUGCAUGUGUCGGUGCCUUGGGCCACAGGGUACCUGUGGUCAGAUUCCUUUGCCUAAAAAACUCCAGUGCAGUGCCUUUGCCCAUACCUUGUCUGUGAGUCCUGGUGACAAGGGACCAAGCAAAACACAUCACGUGAAUGCUUAUCAUUUAGAUCCCAGGGGCCAAAAAUCUGAGCUGGAGCAUGAGUUUUAUGAAUUGGAGCCUCUGGCAUCCCACAGCUGUACCUCCUCAGAGAAGACCACGUACGAAGAGACACAUAUCUGCUCCGAAUUUUUCAACAGCCAAGCAAAGAAUUUAGGGAUGUCUGUGCCGGCAUCCUACAACAGUGAUCUCAGCAAAAGUCCCAGAAGUGAACCCAGCUCGGCCUUGUUACAGUCAUGUCUGGAGCAACACACCAUGUGUCACUACUUCUCUCUGAACCAGAGAUGUAGCUGCCCAAAUGCCUACACACACUUCAAAUACAGCCCACACUCUGGACAGCAGAUGGGGGACCCUUUGUGCCACCAGUGUGCUUCUGCUGCCAGCAGCUUCGUGCAGAUUCAGAAUGCCGUGCCACCUCUGAAGGCCACACAGCAGGCUGCUGAGGGCUUCGUGCAUCCCAUCCCACACAUCCACUGCUGUCCCUGCCUGCAGGGCAGAGGGAUGCCACCCGGGAUGCAGAAUUCUCUGCCUAGGAAUUGUUUCCUCCACCCAGUGCAGCACAUUCAGGCCCAAGAAAAACUUGGCCACACCAGUGUACACAGUCUUCAGAGCACAGACGAGCAUCUUCCCAGGACAGUGGAGUCAUCGCCGCCUGUGUGCAGAAGCACUGGGUCUUUACUAAGAGCUUGUUGCGAUCCUGAGAAUAACCAAAGGGGACUCUGCAAAAGUAGAGACAUGGGAGACACAGAGGACAGCGGAGGGAAUGAAACCAAGGUCUCUAGUUUACCAAACCAGACAGGCAGGGCAGAGGAAAAAGCAGAGCCAAGCUUGUCGCAGACUGAUGUAAUUGCGAACUCAGAACAUUUAAAUCAUAGUGAACCAAAAUUUCUAUUUAGCCAUUUACUCGGGGAGGCUAGUUAUAGGUCUUGUCCAAACAAUCCACAAAGCUGUGGCAGAAUUGUGAGAGUGAAGUGCGGUUCUGUGGACUGUCAGAUUCCAAACCUUGAAGCCAACGUGCCUGCUGUACUAACACACUCAGAACUGUCUGGUGAAAGUUUGUUAAUAAAAACACUAUAAUAAACCUAGCAUUACACUUAAAACCAGUGCCUCCAUCGUCCUUUUGAA